AAGGCGGCCUGGGCGCUGGGGGCCGGCGAGCAAUAAGUGUGGCGGGGGCUCCCAGGCCGCGUCCAGCUGCGCGCAGCUGCCGGGAGGCCGAGCUCCAGCAACUCUUAGAAGGAGAUCCCGGGAGCUGUGGGCUGAGGCUGCAGCUGCAGACCCUUGCAGGGCUGCGCUCCGCGGUGCGCCUCUCCUUCUCCAGUCGCAUCGGGCUCUGCAGCAGCUGCGCGAGUCACGAGAACUGGGAGAGAGCCUGACACCGGGACUCCGUGGGGUCACUCUCGUUCCAGGGGACCCGGGUACCCCUUUCCGGAAAGGCAGGCCAAACCUGCCUCUGGGACUUCUGAGAGGUCCCAGAAGUAGCCUUCCACUCCUGCAGGGUUCUUGGUUUAAAUUUGGAACGUGACUUGGGUUGCUGGAAGCCUUUUCACAUCCGGCUGGGGACCUAGUCAGAUAGGUAAAAUGGCCCCUCCUGGUGUUUAAAUUGGUAUUUUAAAGUAAAUGGGUGUAGUUUUAAACGUGUUUGAGAUAAGGGGUAUCUUUUAAGCCCAUUUCGUGAAGCUUUCAGCCUUUGAUUUGGAAAUUCACAUCUUGAGGCUUAGGGAAUCAUACUAAGCCUGUCGCCCCAGAACGUCGGUUCAACCAGAGAAUAUUCCACCUUCAGUGUUCACGUAUAUCCAGUCUAUGGACUAAGGUUGUGCUCUUCAGAAUGAUUCCCUGCAGAGCAGUGCUGACUUUUGCCCGAUGUCUGAUCCGGAGAAAAAUCGUCACUCUGGACAGUCUGGAAGAUUCCAAACUAUGCCGCUGCUUGACCACCAUGGAUCUCAUCGCCCUGGGGGUGGGGAGCACCCUGGGUGCCGGGGUGUAUGUCCUUGCUGGGGAGGUUGCCAAAGCGGACUCUGGACCCAGCAUCGUGGUCUCCUUCCUCAUCGCUGCCCUGGCGUCGGUGAUGGCUGGCCUCUGCUACGCCGAAUUUGGGGCCCGAGUCCCCAAAACUGGGUCUGCAUAUUUGUACACUUAUGUUACAGUUGGCGAGCUGUGGGCCUUCAUCACUGGCUGGAAUCUCAUUUUGUCUUAUGUGAUAGGUACAUCAAGUGUGGCAAGAGCAUGGAGCGGCACCUUUGAUGAACUUCUUAACAAGCAGAUUGGUCAGUUUUUCAGAACAUACUUCAAAAUGAAUUAUACUGGCCUCGCAGAGUAUCCAGACUUUUUUGCUGUGUGCCUUAUAUUACUUCUAGCAGGUCUUUUAUCUUUUGGAGUAAAGGAAUCUGCUUGGGUAAAUAAAUUCUUCACAGCUAUUAAUAUCCUGGUCCUUCUCUUUGUCAUGGUUGCUGGGUUUGUGAAAGGAAAUGUGGCUAACUGGAAGAUUAGUGAAGAGUUUCUCAAAAAUAUAUCAGCAAAUGCCAGAGAGCCACCAUCUGAAAAUGGAACAAGCAUCUACGGGGCUGGUGGCUUUAUGCCUUAUGGCUUUGCAGGAACUUUGGCUGGUGCUGCCACUUGCUUCUAUGCUUUUGUGGGAUUCGACUGCAUUGCAACAACUGGUGAAGAAGUCCGGAAUCCCCAGAAAGCUAUUCCUAUUGGAAUAGUGACUUCUUUGCUUGUUUGCUUUAUGGCUUAUUUUGGGGUCUCUGCAGCUUUGACUCUUAUGAUGCCCUACUACCUCCUCGAUGAAAAAAGCCCCCUUCCAGUGGCAUUUGAGUAUGUUGGAUGGGGUCCUGCCAAAUAUGUUGUUGCAGCGGGCUCUCUAUGUGCAUUGUCAACAAGUCUUCUUGGAUCCAUUUUCCCAAUGCCUCGUGUAAUCUAUGCUAUGGCGGAGGAUGGGUUGCUUUUCAAAUGUCUAGCUCAAAUCAAUUCCAAAACGAAGACACCAAUAAUUGCUACUUUAUCAUCGGGUGCAGUGGCAGCUGUGAUGGCAUUUCUUUUUGACCUGAAGGCACUUGUGGACAUGAUGUCCAUUGGCACCCUUAUGGCCUACUCUCUGGUCGCAGCCUGUGUGCUUAUCCUCAGGUACCAGCCUGGUUUAUGUUAUGAGCAGCCCAAAUACUCCCCUGAGAAAGAAGGUCUGGGAUCAUGUGCUGAUACAGCCUCAAAAAGUGAGUCCCAAGUCAUCAUGCUGCAAGAACAGGGCUUCAGCCUGCGGACACUCUUCAGCCCCUCUGCUCUGCCUACACGACAGUCAGCUUCUCUCGUGAGCUUUCUGGUAGGAUUCCUGGCAUUCCUCGUAUUGGGCCUGAGUAUUUUGACCACUUAUGGAGUCCAGGCUAUUGCCAGGAUGGAAGCCUGGAGCCUUGCUCUCCUCGUGCUGUUUCUCGUUCUCUGCAUUGCCAUCAUCCUCACUAUUUGGAGGCAACCGCAAAAUCAACAGAAAGUAGCCUUUAUGGUUCCAUUCUUACCAUUUUUGCCAGCAUUCAGCAUCCUGGUGAACAUUUACCUGAUGGUCCAGUUAAGUGCAGACACUUGGGUCAGAUUCAGCAUUUGGAUGGCACUUGGUUUCCUGAUUUACUUUGCUUAUGGCAUUAGACACAGCCUGGAGGGUAACCCAAGGGAUGAAGAAGAUGAUGAAGAUGCUUAUUCAGACAACAUUAAUUCAGCAGCAGACGAAAAAUCUGCCAUUCAAGCGAUUGACCAUCACCAAAGAAAUCUCAGUUUGCCUUUCAUAUUCCAUGAAAAGACAAGCGAAUGCUAAUGCUUGCAGGAGCAGAGCUGGUUCACGUCUUACAUACAUAUCCUACAUUGAAUAAACUACGACAGGAUGUCGUCAUCAUCAUGCUAGGUUGUCUUGGGAUUGUGGCAUACAUAGUUCACCUGAAUUGUAUCUCCUCACAUGGAUAUGUGCUUGGGGAAACCUCCUGAGAUCUCUCCUCAGUGAUGAAUAUCCCCAAAACGGUGUAUGCAUGUAUGUAUGUGUGUAUGUAUGUAUAUGUUUGGGAACAUGAAUGUUAAAAGUUAGUUGGUGUUUUACUAUUAUUUUGUCACAUCCCACCAGUAUUGUCAUAGUUGGUGGCAUAUACUGCACAUACCUAAAUAGAGGUAAAUCACUGAAUAGAAAAGUGUUUUGUAUAUGCCCUCUGUGGUUGGGGAAAUAAUGAUUGCUUUCCUUAAAAAGGUUUCGUUAAUGUCAGUUCAGGCACACUAAGGAUGUAGUUGCCCACUAUCGUGUCUAUCACCAGUCGGGGUAAGGGGAUAAAGAAUGAGCCUUUUUUGUAAGUUUUAAAUACCAGUAGUGGGUUUGGUACAAUUUUUUUUCCUGUGUGGUAAGACAGUUUGCUGAAACUUCAUCCAAAAGAGGUGUUUACUUCUGCUGUACUAUGCUGGACCGAGUGGCAUUCCAUGUCACCAGAUGGCAUCCCCUGGAACUCCUCUUUGCAAGCUCUGGUCCUUAGAUGUGAGACCUGCACCUGCUAUGAAUAAUGUACCCCUCAACCCAAUGAGAGGCUUGUGAGAGGUACCGUGAUCUAUUUGGGACUCUUAAAACUAACGGGGGAAGGUGGUUCCCACGACCUGAAAGCUGGCAUAAGUGGCCAUGAUGAGGAUGUGUUUGAAAAUCAAAGUUAGACACAUGCUCAGAUAAGUAGACACCAGACAUCCUUUAAAAAAAAUUUUUUUUUUUAAAGUCACUGUAACCAGUAGAAUCUCACACAUGUCUCAAUUGGUGGAAUAAUUCAUACAUUUUUCUUAGGACCUGAUCACAGUUUAACAUUUUUAACUUAACAGUACAAAAUUCACUCCUCUUUUUCUAUUAUUUUAUCUUAUCCUAAAUGUGAGGAGAUACAAUAGCAAAUUCUAUCUUUGCAACACCAACUAGAGGAAAAGAUGGAAGAAUGUAAGAAAAAAACUCCCCUAUUUUGAUAUUAAAGUUCCUUUUUGGAUAUUAAAGGGCAUUUGACCCAGUUUAAGGAGUUCAGAUCUAUUUGCCUCUGAUGUUUCUUUUGGAAGCACUUAAGGGAAGUCUCCCACCUCCCUUCCCAAUAAAUUUUUUAGCACUUUUUAUUUCCUUUGCUUUUAAAUGACCAUACUAAACCUAUUAGUUCAAGUUCCCAUGUUUACAGUAGCCAUGAAUGAGUGGAAAAUUAUUUUGAUUAAGAACAUGAUUAUUCAAAACUUUAAACUAAAAAGUUAAUGAAAUUGAAUUGAAACUAUAUAAGCACAAUAACCUUUGUAUAUGAAUAAAUUUUCAUAUGUUAAGAUUUUCAACAUUCUAUAUUUCACUUUAUAGUGAAUCAUAAAUUUAUCUUCAGUGUGUUUUGCUCCUCAUGAAUGACUUUUGUGCAAAUAAUUAAAUGGUUCAUUAGAUGAGGCUAGAGCUAGACACUUACAGGUGGAUGUCAUCCCAGAAUGCCUGAAUGAGUGUUCCCAAGCAUGCUGGUUGAUCCCCAUAAUCUAAAGGCAAGGAAAACAUUUGUUUUCUGACAUUUCUUGUAGGAGAUGAGUUAUCUUAUUGAUGCUGUUCAAGUUGCAAUUAUAUUGUAUAGCCACAAGUUGUUUUGAUUGAAUAUCAGAUUAACAGGUAGGAGGCCUGCAUUUCUAGCUGCUAUGUUUUAGUAUCCCUAACACAACUCAUUACUGACAUUCCACAAUUUCCAGGAUGCAUGUGGUAAAAUCUGAAGCCCAGCCAAGUUUUACUGAAGGGGAGGAGUUGAAUAAGCAAGGGGCAAAAUAUUUUAGUAAGGACCGUAGGGAUGAUUGCAAAUCCUUGCUGUUCUAGCAGUACUCUUAGACCCCUUUUAUUCUAGAAUCAAUGUAGAAUGGACCCUUCACACAGGAAAUGUGCACAGUUUCAUAUGUGAAUAUUUAAGUCUUUUACUAUAAGAAAAUUUAAAAAUUAGUUUAGAACGUGAUAGGCAGCUAAAAUAUUAUGCCCACUGUGUUCAAUUAGGAGCAGAACUAAGUUUAAAAAUUGUUCUCCCACAUUGAAACACUUAGUAGACAGAAAUAUCUAUGAAGAGAUUUUUGGUCCUGACAGCACAUUUUUUUCUGUGAAGACUCAAAUGGAUGUGCCUGUUUAUAUGUAUGUAAGCAUAUUUACAUAUGUCUGUGUGAUGUAUAUGUGUAUGCCAGUGUGUGUAUUUCAAAUAUCAGUGUAUUAAGUUGUGUUUAUAGUAGGCUUUGGAUAUGAUAUUGUUAUUUGGAUAAAAAAAUCCAGCUGAUGUGGAGAAAAAUGAGUGUUUUAUAUUGAUAGAUAUUUUAGGUUUUAAACUAUUUAAAAAUAUACAAUUUUAUAUGUAUAUUUUCUAUAGAUGGAUUCAGAAAUAUUUAUCAUGUUUCUAUAUAAAAUCACUAAACUCUACAUUAUAGAUACAUUAUAACAGGUGCUUUGUAAUCUGAAUGGAGUAGGAGUAGGGACUUGGGGUAUCACUGUUUACUUGUUUCCUUUCUACUUUUUCUGGCACACCAGUUCUGUUGCCACCUCUCAGUUCCUGCAUUUGAAUUCAUAACCCUUUGAACAAAAUGUUAAAUUUACUCUUUUAGGAUUACCAAAAUGUUUUAUGUAGCUUUGACUAGUAAUCAAACUUAUGCAAAGUCUUCUCCAGAAUUUAAAAAAAAGUGUAUCACACUCUUUUAAUUGUGAUUAAGUAAAAGCAGCUUACAUGACUUAUUUUUAUUUUCAACAUUUUUCAAGGAAAAGUUCUUAUAAUGGUUCCUUAAUUUUUUUUUUCUUUUAAAAAGAAUGCUUUGUGAAUUACCAUAUAAAGGCAAUGCCAACCCUGCAUUUGAGAAGAUGGUUGUGCAAACUCUAGUUUAAAAAGUCCUGUGAAAAAAACUUAUUAGAACUUUCGAUAUAUACUAAAAUUCAGAUUAUUGCUUAAUCACAUUUUCCCCCAAGAUAAACAUCAAGAAAACUAAAACAUCAUAUGAUACACAUGUGUAUUAGUUUUAUGUAUCAACAUCUCAGUGGUGAAACUAAUAUUGGUAUAUAAAAUUUUACCAUCACCAAAAUUGAUAUCAACAGAAUAAGAGCCUGUUUUUUAUUUUUAUGCAUAAAGGAUUUUUAAACUUUUUAUUUUAAAUAUUAUCCGAAGUAUUUUCUGAGUCCUGGGUAUUUGCAAGUUAAUCAUUAAUUAUUUUUGAUAAAAAAUUUUUGUUUUCUAAAUUCAUUUGAGUGCUUUGCAAGGAGAAUAAGGGAAAGUAAUUGCCCUCCAAUACCAAUGAUGAGGGAGCAGUUGAGCCUUAUCAUCUCUCUUCAAUCAGGGCAUAAUACAGUAUUACAAACUACAUGACAAAGUCGUGCCAAAAUUCCAGCUCUCCUUUCCCUGCACUGUUGCUCGUGAUUUUCCCUGAUUGCUUCAAGUGACAGCAACAAAAUUAUAGUUCCCACAGGACUUUCAAGGAUUGGGUUCAGAGUGUACAUCAUGGGUUACAAAGAUUCACAUGAUUAGUGUGUAUUUCUGGUGAGUGAAGUUAACUACCCUUUUUGCUAGUGCCAAAACAGUGCCUUCUCUAUAAUGUCCUCUAAUGUGUAUUUAUAUAUCAAUGGGAAAAGUACUGAAGACAUAUAGUACCUGAUGCCAGCAAAGGUCAUUUUAUUUUACUUGUACGGAUGUGAAAAUGAGGUUGCUUAACUUGUUUAGCAGAUAUUUUUUUCUUGUAUAAUUUAAACAAUUUAAAAUAGCUUUCCAGUUUCUGGAUUUUUAGAGGCGUGAUCUGUUAUUAUUGUAGUUGUCGAUUUGUAAUGUUCAUUAUUGUUUCUAUGUACAGAGUUUAGUCUUAUUGAUUUCAAAUGCAUUUUGUUAUGGCCCAACCCAGUUGGUAACACCUUGUGCAGAGAAUGUUGUACUCAGCUGUUGCUCAUCGUGGCUAAAGCUACUGCCACAGUCUCUGGGCCUUAAUGACCCUUCUUUGACCACUGACAGUCCCGUCAACAUUAUAACCAGAACCCCAGGCUAGUUCCAGGGUCAGACAGCCUGUACCAAUGAGCAGCUUUAGCUACCCCUGUUGGUGGAGUCUUAGAAAGAUAGGAAGAAUAUGAAGUAAAAGACUUCAAAUGCAAAUAAGGUCAUUUGGGGUCCUUAAUUUCAGUUCUGAAAAUCCCAUGAGUAUGUCCAGAUAAUUAAGGACCAAGGAACAUCUAUGACUCAUGGAAGAAGUGGCUGCUUCCUGGAACUGGCAGGGUAGGGCCUGGUAGGGCAUGGCCAGCUGCUCUUCUUACACAUAUACAGACAGCACUGAUGGGCAAAGUGCAUGGCCAAGACCCAAUUCAUUAAGAACCUUUAAUUACCAACAGAAUAGGUUGCUCUGACCCACAACUGGUCUAUGGACCCUUUAUUUUUCAGAUCUACUACCAGAACCUGUUGUCUUACUGCUUCAUUACCAUUGUACUUAAUAGAAAUUGUUGAUAGGGCCUAAACCAUAUAGCAAUUCUGUGUCUGUAAAACCCAACAAAUACAUUGCACUUAUGCAAAUAUAAAGUUUUUUUUGUUGUUUAAGAGAUCAUUUUAAAUUUAAUGUUUUCAAUAAUAAUCAGUGUUCCUUUUUACUUAUAAAGUUGGAUUAUUUUUUAGAAUUUGUAAUAAAAAAACUGCUUUAACCACUGUAAAAUAUGCUUUCUAAUGCAAUCAUGUAUUUUUAAAUAAAUUUUAAUAUGA